GUUUGGACACAAACAAGGAAGUGCAUUAUAUUGAAGAUUUAGAGCAACAAAAUAGUGGAUGUAAUGCAUUUAAACAAUGUAUUGGUACUUUAUUUGACAUAAAAUCAUUUGGAUGCAUACAGUGCAGUUCAUUAGAAACUGAUACAAUUAAAUUGGCUAUUAUAGGUUUAAGGACCUUGCGCGAGAUCUCCAAUUUCUGUCAAUGCAGGUAUGCUAGCUAGCUAACUUGCUAGUUUAGCUGAAAAGUGAUGGCAGCAAAUCCCGAAAAGACAUUCAAGUUUGUGGUCGUCGGUGGUGGCAUUGCAGGUGUAACGUGUACUGAGCAGCUGGCCUCCCAGUUCCCAUCAGCUGAUGUUGCUCUCCUGACAGCAGCCCCUCUGAUUAAGGCAGUCUGCAACUUCAAACAGGUAUCUAAGACGCUGGAGGAGUUUGAUGUGGAGGAGAGGCCCUCCAGUGUUCUAGAGGAAAAGUAUCCCAACCUGAGAGUCAUCCAGUCUGCAGUGAAUGCCCUUCAUGCACAACAACAUACUUUGCAGACUGUGGAUGGUCUGGAGAUCCACUAUGAGAAGCUGUGUAUCUGUAGCGGGGGCAGACCCAAACUCCUUACCCAGGAUAACCCCUAUGUGCUGGGGAUACGAGACACAGAUAGUGCCCAGGAGUUUCAGAAGCGGUUAUCCAAAGCCAAGCGAAUUGUAGUCGUUGGAAACGGAGGGAUUGCCUUGGAACUAGUGUAUGAGGUGGAAGGUUGUGAGGUAAUCUGGGUAGUGAAAGACAAGGCCAUAGGAAACACCUUCUUUGACGCGGGAGCAGCCCAGUUCCUGAUCCCCUCCCUGGACACAGACAAACCAGAGCGAGCUGCUACCUGUAAGAGGGCUCGCUACACCAUAGAGGGGCCUGCAGCUACGCAGGGCCUUGCUGUAGGUGGCGACAGACAAGGCCAGAGAAGAGGGUUGGAAGAGCCAGGCAGUGCCCUGGGCCCAGACUGGCAUGAAGGCAUCAGUCUGAGAGGAGCAGAGGAGGUGUCUCACAGGGUGUCAGUGGAGUACCAGUCUGAGGUGAAACAGAUCUACACUCACCAGGACUUCCUGCUGUCACCGCUUGCCUCACAGACAGCAGACAUUGGCUCUUGGCCAGUGUAUGCUCAGCUGACCAAUGGGAAGACUUUUGGCUGUGACUUCAUCGUCAGUGCCACAGGAGUCGUGCCAAACACCGAACCUUUUCUCCAUGGGAACAACUUUGCGUUAGCUGAGGACUCUGGGCUGAAAGUGGAUGACCACAUGAUGACAACAGAUCCAGACAUUUACGCUGCUGGAGACGUAUGUACAGCAGGCUGGGAGCCAAGCCACCUCUGGCAGCAGAUGCGUCUGUGGACGCAGGCCCGUCAGAUGGGCUGGUACGCAGGGCGAUGUAUGGCUGCUGAUGUCCUGUCUGAAAUCAUAGAGCUGGACUUCUGCUUUGAACUCUUCUCUCACAUUACAAAGUUCUUCAACUACAAGGUGGUUCUGCUGGGGAAGUUUAACGGCCAGGGUCUGGGUCUGAACCAGGAGUUGUUGGUGCGCUGCACUAAGGGCCAUGAGUACGUCAAGGUAGUGCUGAGCGGAGGGAGGAUGCUGGGAGCAGUCCUUAUUGGAGAGACUGACCUGGAAGAGACCUUUGAGAACCUCAUCCUCAACCAGAUGGACCUAACACCCUACGGAGAAGAGCUACUAAACCCCAACAUAGACAUAGAGGACUACUUUGACUGAGCCUGUGUGUCUACCUAACACCCUAUGGAGGGUUACUACUCAACCCCGACAUAGACCACUUUGACUGAGGGGCCAAGAACUUCCUCGUAAAUCAAUACUAAACUGGAUGUCUACUUUAGCCCUGUUUAUAUCUGGUGCUAACACGUCCUGAUCUUGCCCACAUUUUUAGACUGGUGUAGAUGAUUAAAAAAAAAAAAAAAAAAACUGAUUGUGAUCAGAUCUUCCUGACCACCUCCGGAGGUAGUCAGGGACACAUUGUAUCUGGAUUGUGUAAACAGAUCUGGAUUAUCAAACCAUUUAAUGUGUCCCUCUAAAAUCAUUGACAGGUGGCACUAUUGACCCAAUGUGUCAGUAUUUGUUUUAACAUAAAACAUGAUUAUUUUGAAACAAUAUCUGUCAAAUAAUUUGCAUACAGGGAGAGACCAGGUCAUCUGGUAACAAUGCAGGCACAGUAGAUGGAUAGUAUUGUUCCCACGGCAGCCCUUAAUGCGCAAAUCAGUUUUAUUUUUCAAAUCCAUUUUGGAACACUGACUUUCCAAACAGUGACCUAAUCGGAUGUGUGUUCAGAAAACAGUCAUUUGUAAAUGGCUAGCUAGGUAGCCAUUUAGCUUUCUAGCACAGUCACUCAUUUGUUUGUAAACAAUUAACAAGCUAGUUAGCUACCACAUGUUCUUGUCAAACUGUCAGAGUAGCGAGGAAGCAACACGAUAUGCCAGUUGACAGUCUAAAAACCACUUGAGGGCAAAUAACAAAUAUUUGACCGUUCAGACAAGUCUCAUAUGGCCAGGAAUCAGAUUUAUCUUAUUUAAAAUCAACUUUGAAGGUGGUUUGAAAUAUCAGAUUCCAUGUGCUUUUUGGCUGUUCAGACUGCAAGAAAAAUAGAUUAAAAUCUGAUAUGCAUAUAUUUUUGUCACUUUAAACUGCCAAUGUGACAUUAAAAUACCAUGUGUAGUUGCUGCAAAUGUAUAGAAUAGUGAUGCGGUGGUCAGCUGUUUGUUCACCAGCACUUGCUAAUAACCCAUCUGCAACCACCCGACUAUAUGUGAUAGUGAAAAUGAGGCCCACAGCCGACUAACCCCGCAAAAAAUGUGCCUUCCCUUUUGUCCUCAGUGGAUCGAUGUGAACUUUUUCUGCCCAAGUUACCAAAGCAUUUGGCAAGUGUAGUUAGGCCCACACACUAAAUCCAGAUAAAAAUGAAAGAUAAAUCUCAAUGUAGCUAUAGAUAUGAAUUGCACAAUUUUUAUUAAUUUAUGCAUUUUUUUAUGCAUUUUCCCUUUAUUCAACCUGCACGCAACCCACUCCCCCAUCAACCACACUAUUUCAUGACCCUAAACCCGGAUAUAACAGCAGAUUGCGGGUUAUGAGUCAACCCGCGUGUGUAUGUGAUCCUUGUGUAGACGCUAAUAGUGAUCGGAUCAUCUUGAUUUGACCACAAAACCACAUGUUAAUGCAAGGUGUAACCAGGGCUAUAAAUAUACCUUUGUUGAGAAAAAGCAUUGGCAAGUUUAGAACCUGACAUCCUGGUCCCUAUCCCAGUGCCUAGUCUAUUGCACAAGCAAUUGGGAGGGUACAACUAUUUAUUUUUUUACAUAUAUAAAGCUGUUCAGUCAGGUAGAAUUGUGAUUAGUAAGGUUGGAAAACAAAAGCUGCAUUGGCAUUCCAACUGGCAGCAUUGUGUGUCGCAAACCGUGUUUAACUCCCUCGAACCUACUUCCCUAAAGAAGGCUCGUCUUUAUUUGACUCUCACCUGUACACUCCACCCUUUGACCUGUCCAUCGAGCUUUCAUCCAACCAAUCAAUUCGUUCCCGAGUACCUCUGGAAACAGUGGAAUAUCUGAUCACAAUCAGUUCUUUUAAUCGUCUUAAUUAACCUGUCUAAAAAUGUGGACAAGAUCAGGACAUGUUUUAGCACCAGGGAUAAACGGGGCUCUUGACUGAAUCCUGCAGGGCUAAGAACAGAUUUGCGUAUCAAUAUCAAACCUUGAGUUAACAUUGUUUUCAAGAAAAGGGUUAUUAAUGAGUAAUCUGCAAUACACUGGAAAAACAAAACCUUCUGGGGUGAAUUGAACCAACAUACUUAAUAAAAUCAAUGCAUGUCAUUUUAACAAACAAGUUAAGAAUAAAUCCAACUCUGUUGCAUAAAAUGUAAGUAUAUUGAGGAUAACCAAAGAUAAUUUAUUUAAAUUAAUGGCUCUGUUUUUACAGAAUUGUGGGUAAUUCAAUAUUUGUAGACCGUUUAUUUUACACAAAGUUGUAUACAUGUUUGAAGAAAAGUAUAUUUCUAUAUUAGUAUUAAGCAGCUUAUUGUGCAAUAAGGUGUAAUAGAUCAUGAAGAAUGGAUAUCAAAACCGUCAGACAAAUUGACAUUCAAUUGUGAGACCACUCAUUUCCACCAUCAGCAACCUAAACAAGAGGCAAAUGCAGCACAUUGUAAUGCUUGCAGUUCUACCUCCAGUUACUGCAGAUGGAUUGAGCACUUAACAAUGCCUGCCAAAGCUGGUAAAUGGCAAAUUUAAUGUUUAACAUUGUUUAAUGUAUUUGUUAAGACACCAUCACUGAAAGUAACUAAUCAGAAAUGAAGUAAAUCUCAUUCAUAUUACAACAA